UGCUAUUCCGUGUUCCACAAGUGUCAAACUCGUUGUAGUAAAAUAGUCAAUUGAAAACAAAAUUUUGACGUCACAAUCGAACGCUGGACCAAUGGAGUAGCGACAGAUAAUUUCACGGGCAAAUUGACAAGUGCCUAGCCCCAUUUAUCUAAGUAUUUAUUUACAUCAGAACAGUUUUAUUUGGUCAUUACGUAUUCGGACGACAGGCUUGAUAAAUAAAAGAACUUUCGUGGUUUUAUAUUGCGUCAGCGUAAAAUUCUAGUGUUUUUGUCAAUUGUGGAUUUGAUUGAGAGCUAUUUCCUGCUUUGUUGCGUGUUAUAAAUCACGGGUUUUAGAAGUGUUAUCUAAUAGCGGAGUGUAAUUGGAUGAUUGAAGAUGAUACCAAACAACGUGACUUUGAUUGUUAAGGCGCCGAAUCAACAGAUCGAGGAUCAGAAUAUCGAGUGUGAAUCGUCUUGGACUGUUCGGCAGCUGAAGGGGCACCUGUCCGAGGUUUACCCAAGUAAACCUGGCACAGAUGAACAGAAAAUAAUUUACUCCGGUCAGCUUUUAGACGACAACACGAUAUUAAAAGAUGUUUUAAGAACAUAUGAGAGCCAGAUAGCUCAUACAAUGCAUCUAGUAUGCACUCCGACCCGAAGAAUAGAGGCGGUGAGUCCCGAACCGAACACUGACGGACUCCGCCGAAGGGUCCCAACCGAAGCCACGAACCAGACGGAAAGAGUGACCACCACCGAACCUCCCAGACCAGAGACGAGGCAAAACGACCAGAACCAUAAUGUAGAGAUGCAGAAUUAUUUGACCUCCUUCGUGAAUAACUACGGCAGGGUCCCCCCGUAUCCUAAUUACAAUUUCGGGGAGGGGUACCUGCCGGUGCCUAACGACCCGGCGCAGUUGGCCAAUCACAUGAUGAUGAUGCAGCAAGCAUAUUUGCAGUAUAUGCAGCAGUAUGCUAACAUGUGGCAAGCAGCAGGCGCAGCCCCCGCAGCCCCCACACCGGCCGAGACCCCAGCCCCAGCCGCCGAAGCCCCGGCCCCAGUCGAGGAGCCCGAAGAGGCGCUCGCAGCCCGAGACUGGCUGGACCACUUGUAUGCCGCGUCACGGCUUGCCAUACUCUUCUCAUUGGUGUAUCUGUAUGGAAGCCCAGCGAGGCUGCUGUUGGUCAUGCUCUUGGCUGCCGCUGGUUAUCUCCACCAAGUGGGUUUCUUCCGUGACUUACACGUCAACCCAGCCGACAACCAGCGACGCAACGAGCAACCAAACCAACCGAAUCAACCAAACCAACCGGAGCAACCGAAUCAACCGAACCCAGACGAGUCUGUACCACAACAGACCAACAACGAGAACCAACAGUCUCUCCUAGCAGUUACCUGGAUGAUAUUCACAUCAUUCUUUGCAUCCCUAAUCCCGGACACGAAUUAAAACUAAUUCUAGAUGAGGUUUAAACGGAGUUAUUCGGUCUUUAAGACGUAAAAAUAAUUUGUAUAGAAGCUAAAAUUUGCGGGCGGUUACGGUUUUUUUGGGAGUUUCAACGAUUCCGUGAUAGGGUAGGUCUAAGGAGUUUCGUAUUGUGGAUUGGACUAGAAAGUUUGUGUGAUCUUGGAUACCUGAAUGAUAGUUGAAGUUUGAUAAGAAGUUACUUGGGUGAAGAAAAUAAACGUCAGCGAUUGGAUGAACAACUAUUGCGUGGUAAUCCUUGCUUCUCAUUGGUGGAUUGCUGCAAAGAUCUUGCUAAAUAUCAUUGAUUCAUGGGCUCAUGAACGAAAUACGAUUUUAAGGUUGAAUAGAAUAUUGGAAAACAAAAACCUUUGCAUGAGUUCAGUGGCGUCAUCUUCACUAAAUUACUAAGCGACGUAAAACCAAUUAAAAACAAAGCAGAAAUGAGCUUUUUUUUUCAAUUAUAGAUAAAGCGAAAAUACUAAUGGGGCUUUCACUAUAGCUUAGUUUAGAUACACGGGCGAGAGAUUUCCAAUAAACAUAAUAUACUAAAACAUGUCAGAAUGUUGAUAAACAAAACUUUAAUUAUAGGAUAGUUCUAAUAAAUUAAAUUAAAAAUCCAGUGUGAAAUAAAGCAUUUUAGUUAGCAUAGCGGGUUAAGCAAGAAAUAGCGAUAUAAAACUUAUAAUUUCGGCUAAAAUAUAGUGACGCUUGAAUAUUGCGAAGUGUACUUGACACAUAGAUCGCAAAAAUAGCCUUUAUUUUAAAAAGAAAUUUGCGAUGUAAUAUUGAAGAAGCUUGUCGAAAACUUCGCUUUAUUUUAGAGUCCUCUACAAUACUUAGCUAGCUUGAGUAAAACUCGAUGCGAAAGAAGAUUCGUAGAUUUUUUAUGUCGAUGUUUUCUCUACACAUAAAGUAUCGAUAACUAUUGCUGUGAUUACACUAUUUCAUACGAGUCUGUACCAACUACAAAAGAUUAUAAUGAAAAUAUCAAUAACAUUUUGGUGAAAUAACUGUAAAUCCAUACAAGUAACUCGAAAAUUCGACAUUAUCAAAAUUUAUAGUUUUAUGGCUAGAUUCACUACCUCGGGAUAAGUAUCGAUAAAGCCUACUUGCCUAGUAAAUGAAGUUGAAGUUAUAUAUUUAUCCAGAUGUGGUGAAAGAUGCCUCUAAACUUUAGAUAUCACUUGAAGUAAUUGCUCUUAAUCAGUGGUGGAAUUACAAAAAAAAAACAUAUUAACUUCGUUCAUAAACAUUUUUAAGAGUACCAGAUAUUGGUACCCCGUGUAACUGGGUUGAGGAGGUCAGAUAGGCAGUCGCUCCUUGUAAAACACUGGUACUCAGCUGCAUCCAGGUAGACUGGAAGCCGACCCCAACAUAGUUGGGAAAAGGCUCGGAAUAUGAUGAGAUAUAUUAAUUUGAACUAUAUAGGGUCUAGAGGUGGGUGGGAGAUAAAAUAAAUAAGAUAGAAAUGGUUCUAUACGUGUAUUUCUUCAGGAUAUUUUUUGUUUGUAAAACCACCACUGAUGUAAAAUAACCAAAACCAGUAAAGAUCGCUUUUGUGAAUAACGUGUAUUUAAUAAUGAAGUAACCAUAUUUUAUAAUAUUAUUAGUGAGAUAAUUUAAAUUUUUAGUUUAUAGCAUGUUUGGUGUAAGAUUGUUGUGGAUUGCUGUACACAUUUUAUAUAAAACAAACUACCACAUCUGUUGAGAACUUCCUCCUUUUUUGGAAGUUGGUCAAAACUAUUGCACUAAAGCAAAUUGAAUAUUUGAAGUCGGUAAAAAUACCUGUAAAGCCUUUUGGGCUUAAUGUUACAAUGAAAAUAAUUUAUAAUGGGUACUGAAAAUGUGUACAGUAAUUCCAAAGAAUAAUAGUUGUGCAUAGUUCUAAACAAAUUUCGGUGUACUGAUGUGAAACCAAAUAUUAUUUUGUAUAUACUCUUGGUAAUUAUAGUGUAACAUAGACGUAUAUUAUUCAAAGCUCUAUCACGUUUACGCUUUUUGGCGAAAAUUCAAAGUUUCAGAUAAAUAUAAGCAAUUGUUCCCAUUUCAAUAGAACUUUGAGGAAUCAAACUAUGUAAUUCUGGUAGCGAUUGCUAAGAUGAUUAAGUAAACUUUGUAAGCGUGAAAAUUGUAUUAAAAAUGUACAAAAUUAUCAUUA